AUGAAUCGUUAUAAUAUAUACAUGGAGAAUUUAAAGCGUAGCAAGAGAGUUGCGCUAGGAUUACUAGAUGAAACGAAAGAUAUUAUAGAGGGGAUCUCAGACGAGAGUCCCAUUACAAAUAUUAGGUUAAGAUCACCAAACGAUGACGUAGAAUUAAGUGCACCGAGUACGAGUAGACACGAGAGUAAAAGGCCCGCAGAGUAUGUGAAGUACGGCAAAAUUACGUUCAACACUACGGCAAUAUUACAUCACUACCCGCAAAUACAGAAUAACGUCCGUUCUGAUAAUUGCACCGCUCGACAAGCUGCUAGAAAAACAGAUUUAAAUACAACCGAAGAGUUAAAAGCCGAUAAUAAUAAUGAAACACAGUCUGAAACUAAUAAAACUAAAAAAUUAAAUAAAACUAAGAUUAACGAUAAUAAUAAUGAUAUGAUAAAAUCGAAUUGUACCAAAUCGAAACAUCUAGAAGUAUUAAGGAAACCCGUUAAAUUUACAGAAGAAAAACUUGUAUGAGAUUUAGCCAAAAACUUUUCAUUUAAAAUUAAAAUGAAAAGAUAUUGGCAUAAGGUGAAAAAAUACAUAUCGAAGUAUAAGCUGUUGUAAAUAAAAUUAAAAAAAAGACUGGUAUCCUGGAUAUAUUGAACCUCGAAGUAAAUGAUAAAAGUUUAAAAGUCAGCGAGCUGUAACUUCGUUCAUACGAUAAGGUUUCGAAGGUGUUGUAGUUAGCGGACGCGUUACAAUAUGUAAUAGAAUGUACAAAUAUUUAGAUAAAA